GCGGGCGCAGGGGGCCGAGUCGGAGACGGUGCCUGAGUUCGGGAGCGGCCACUGAGGGGGCAUAGACGCUCGGAGCAGCCUCGCCAUCGCCUCUGCGUUCCUGCCGACUGCCCGGGUGCCCCCUCCCCUACUCCUCGGCUCCUUCGGAAGAGGCUGCGCGCUGCUGUUUGGGGAGGGGGUGUGUGGAGCCCGGUCCUCGGUCCGCAGUGGCUGCUGUCGGGGGGUCGCCUGACCGCGGAGGUGUGCAGACACUCCUUGGGGGUCGAGCAAAUUACGGGGUUCGGGUGUCUGGUGUGUGAACAUCACAGGUCUAUUCUGGAUAGCAGGUUUUGUGAAGACAUUUAUUCUUUCUUGGACCUCAGAUUUCCCAGACAUCUCAUGGGUUUGUGGAUGCACUUAGAUGUUUGCAAUGAGCACUGUGGCUGGCAUGCUCCAGUGUUUUGGAUACCAAUGCAUAGGACUCCAUAGUAAUCGAAUUUACCAGAGGCGAACGUCAUGAGCAUAGUGAUCCCAUUGGGGGUUGAUACAGCAGAAACGUCAUACUUGGAAAUGGCUGCAGGCUCAGAACCAGAAUCCGUAGAAGCUAGCCCUGUGGUAGUUGAGAAAUCCAACAGUUAUCCCCACCAAUUAUAUACCAGCAGCUCACAUCAUUCACACAGUUACAUUGGUUUGCCCUAUGCGGACCAUAACUAUGGUGCUCGUCCUCCUCCAACACCUCCAGCUUCCCCUCCUCCAUCAGUUCUUAUUAGCAAAAAUGAAGUAGGCAUAUUUACCACUCCUAAUUUUGAUGAAACUUCCAGUGCUACUACAAUCAGCACAUCUGAGGAUGGAAGUUAUGGUACUGAUGUGACAAGGUGCAUAUGUGGUUUUACACAUGAUGAUGGAUACAUGAUCUGUUGUGACAAAUGCAGCGUUUGGCAACAUAUUGACUGCAUGGGGAUUGACAGGCAGCAUAUUCCUGAUACAUACCUAUGUGAACGUUGUCAGCCUAGGAGUUUGGAUAAAGAGAGGGCGGUGCUACUACAACGCCGGAAAAGGGAAAAUAUGUCAGAUGGUGAUACUAGUGCAACUGAGAGUGGUGAUGAAGUUCCUGUGGAAUUAUAUACUGCAUUUCAGCAUACUCCAACUUCAAUUACUUUAACCGCUUCAAGAGUCUCCAAGGUUAAUGACAAAAGAAGGAAAAAAAGUGGGGAAAAAGAACAAAACUUUUCAAAAUGUAAAAAAGCCUUUCGUGAAGGAUCUAGGAAGUCAUCAAGAGUUAAGGGUUCAGCUCCAGAAAUUGAUCCUUCAUCUGAUGGUUCAAAUUUUGGAUGGGAGACAAAAAUCAAAGCAUGGAUGGAUCGCUAUGAAGAGGCAAAUAAUAACCAGUAUAGUGAGGGAGUUCAGAGGGAGGCACAAAGAAUAGCUAUGAGAUUAGGCAAUGGAAAUGACAAAAAAGAGAUGAAUAAAUCAGAAUUGAAUACUACUAACAAUUUACUCUUCAAGCCUCCUGUAGAGAGCCAUAUACAAAAGAAUAAAAAAAUCCUGAAAUCUGCCAAAGAUUUGCCUCCUGAUGCUCUUAUCAUUGAGUAUAGAGGGAAGUUUAUGCUACGAGAACAAUUUGAAGCAAAUGGGUAUUUCUUUAAAAGACCAUACCCUUUUGUUUUAUUCUACUCUAAAUUUCAUGGACUAGAAAUGUGUGUUGAUGCAAGGACUUUUGGGAAUGAGGCUCGAUUCAUUAGACGUUCUUGUUCACCAAAUGCAGAGGUGAGGCAUGAAAUAGAAGAUGGAACCAUACAUCUUUACAUUUAUUCCAUACAAAGUAUUCCAAAGGGUACUGAAAUUACAAUUGCAUUUGAUUUUGACUAUGGGAAUUGUAAAUACAAGGUAGACUGUGCAUGCCUCAAAGAAAAUCCAGAGUGUCCUGUUCUAAAACGAAGUUCAGAAGCCACAGAAAACAUCAAUAGCGGUUAUGAGACAAGAAGAAAAAAAGGAAAAAAAGAGAAAGAUAUUUCAAAAGAAAAAGAUACACAAAAUCAGAAUAUUACUUUGGACUGUGAAGGAACAACCAACAAGAUUAAAAGCCCAGAAAUGAAACAGAGAAAGCUUUCUCCACUGAGACUAUCAGUGUCAAAUAAUCAGAGAGAAGAAAGGAAAAUGGAAGCAAUUUUGCAAGCUUUUGCCAGACUUGAAAAAAGAGAGAAAAGAAGAGAACAAGCUUUGGAAAGGAUCAGCACAGCCAAAACUGAAGUUAAAAGUGAAUGUAAAGAGGCACAAAAUGUCAGUGAUGCUGAAGUUAUUCAGGAACAAGCAAAAGAAGAAACUGCUAACAAACCAACACCUGCCAAAGUGAAUAGAACUAAACAGAGAAAAAGUUUCUCUCGAAGUAGGACUCACAUUGGACAGCAGCGUCGGAGACAUAGAACUGUCAGUAUGUGUUCAGAUAUCCAGCCAUCUUCUCCUGAUAUUGAAGUCACAUCACAACAAAAUGAUAUUGAAAAUACUGUACUUGCAAUAGAACCCGAAACCGAAACUGCAAUAGCAGAAAUAAUUACUGAAACUGAAGUUCCAGCACUUAAUAAAUGUCCUACUAGGUACCCCAAAACAAAGAAGCACUUGGUCAAUGAAUGGUUAAGUGAGAAGAAUGAGAAGACAGGAAAACCUUCAGAAAGCCUUUCAGAAAGGCCUCUACGCAUAACUACAGAUCCAGAAGUAUUAGCUACACAGCUCAAUUCUUUGCCAGGUCUCACGUACAGUCCCCACGUAUACUCUACUCCUAAACAUUAUAUUAGAUUUACUUCACCAUUCCUUUCAGAAAAAAGGAGAAGAAAAGAACCCACUGAAAAUAUUUCUGGCUCAUGCAAAAAGCGAUGGCUGAAACAAGCUUUGGAAGAAGAAAAUUCAGCAGUUUUGCGUAGAUUUAAUUCACCAUGUCAAGAAAGAUCCAGAAGUCCUAUAGUCAAUGGUGAAAAUAUAAGUCCACUACUACUAAAUGAUAGCUGUUCACUUCAAGAUUUAACCACACCACUAAAAAAACGAAGACUUUAUCAGUUGCUAGAUUCUGUUUACUCAGAAACUUCAACACCUACUCCUUCACCAUAUGCUACACCAACUCAUGCAGAUAUCACUCCUACGGAUCCAUCAUUUGCCACUCCUCCGCGGAUAAAAUCAGAUGAUGAAACAUACAGAAAUGGUUAUAAACCCAUAUAUUCACCAGUUACCCCAGUAACUCCUGGUACACCAGGAAACACCAUGCACUUUGAGAAUAUUUCUUCCCCAGAAAGUUCUCCAGAAAUAAAGAGACGCACUUAUAAUCAAGAGGGAUAUGAUAGAUCUUCAACAAUACUGACAUUGGGGCCUUUUAGAAAUUCCAAUUUAACUGAGCUGGGUCUGCAAGAAAUAAAGACUAUUGGUUAUACCAGUCCUAGAAAUAGGACUGAAGUCAACAGGCAGUGUCCUGCAGAAAAGGAACCUGUGUCAGACCUUCAACUGGGACUCGAUGCAGUCGAGCCAACUGCCUUACAUAAAACCAUGGAAACACCUGCACAUGACAGGACUGAGCCUAACAACCAAAUGGACUCUACUCACCCUGGACGGGGGACAUUAUAUUCUUCCUGGGUAAAGAGUCCUGACAGAGCAGGAGUUAACUUCUCAGUGAACUCCAACUUGAGGGACUUGACACCCUCACAUCAGUUGGAAGUUGGAGGAGGCUUCCGAAUUAGUGAGUCAAAGUGCCUGAUGCAGGAUGAUACUAGAGGCAUGUUUAUGGAAACAGCUGUGUUUUGUACUUCUGAAGAUGGGCUUGUCUCUGGUUUCGGACGGACUGUUAAUGACAGUUUGAUCGACGGGAGUUGUACACCCCAGAAUCCACCACAGAAGAAAAAGGUGUCUCUAUUAGAGUACCGUAAGAGACAACGUGAAGCUAGAAAAAGUGGCUCUAAGUCAGAAAACUUUCCUCUGGUUAGUGUAUCACCUCAUGCAAGUGGGAACCUGAGCAGCAGUGGUGAUGGCUGUGUCCACAGUAGUGAAAAUGGGGAGCAGGCAGAAAACACUGCUAGCCUGCCUUUACCAAUACCGGCUGCAAUUUACAAUACCACUGAAGAAACCAGCAAUAACUGUCCUAUUAAAGAAGCUACUGCCAAUGAGAAGAAUGAACCAGAAGUUCAAUGGACUGCCUCCACUUCAGUGGAACAAGUGAGAGAAAGGAGUUAUCAGAGAGCUUUACUUCUCAGUGAUCAUAGAAAAGAUAAAGACUGUGGGGGAGAGUCACCAUGUGUCUCAUGCUCACCGAGUCAUGUUCAGUCUUCACCUUCAUCUCAUUCAAAUCACAUUCCCCAGCUGCACACUAAGGGCCUAGUACCUUCUUUCAGUGAACUUAUAGAAGACCCUGAUCCUGAAAAUCCAGAACCCACAGCUACAAAUGAAUGUCCAUCCCCAGACACUUCGCAAAUUAUUUGUAAAAGCCCUUCAAAAAUGAGCAAGCCUGGUUCACCGGGACCUGUAAUUCCUGCUCAACCACAUGGGAAAACACUCACAAAAUCAGAUCCCCACUGGGAGACAACAGUUAUUGUAUCAGAAGCUGAGAAUGUUCACCUAAAAACAGAGCUCCAACAAAAACAACUAUCGAAUAACACCCCAGCACUUUCAAAGAACCAUCCUCCUCCUCAGCCCCAUGCUCGCAGUACAACUGAGCAACUUCCCCAAAAGCUGCCUUCUGUACCAACGAAGUUGCACUGUCCUCUGUCACCUCACAUAGAAAACCCUCCUAAGUCCUCCACGCCUCACACACCUGUGCAGCAUGGUUAUCUCUCACCAAAGCCUCCUUCACAGCAGUUAGGAUCUCCCUUCAGGCCUCAUCAUUCACAGUCACCUCAAGUUGGAACCCCUCAGCGAGAGCCUCAGAGAAAUUUUUAUCCAGCAACACAGAAUCUUCAAGCCAAUACCCAGCAGCCAACUUCCGGAGCAUUAUUUACACAGACACCCUCAGGACAAUCUUCAGCAGCAUACAGUCAGUUUAACCAACAGAGUCUGAGCAGCGCAGCACCACCCCCUCCGCCCCCUCCGCCUCCUUCUUCCUCAUCUUAUUAUCAAAACCAGCAGCCCUCUGCAAAUUUUCAGAAUUAUAAUCAGCUUAAAGGUAGUCUUUCCCAACAAACUGUGUUUACAUCUGGACCAAAUCAAGCACUUCCUGGCAGCACAAGCCAGCAAUCAGUUCCAGGACACCAUGUUACUCCGGGGCAUUUUUUGCCCUCUCAGAACCCUACCAUUCACCAUCAAACUGCUGCUGCUGUGGUCCCACCCCCGCCUCCACCACCACCUGCUCCAGGACCGCACCUUGUACAACAGCCAAAUUCCCAUCAGCAACACUCUGUAGCACAUGUAGUAGGGCCAGUUCAUGCUGUCACCCCUGGUUCACAUAUUCAUUCUCAAACUGCUGGACAUCAUUUACCACCACCCCCUCCACCUCCUGGUCCUGCCCCACAUCACCAUCCACCACCCCAUCCUACCACAGGACUCCAAGGUCUACAAGCACAACACCAGCAUGUUGUAAAUUCAGCACCCCCACCUCCACCUCCACCUCCACCUUCCAGUGUUCUGACUUCUGGGCAUCAUACGACAUCAAGUCAAGCCUUACACCACCCACCUCAUCAAGGACCUCCACUUUUUCCUUCAACUGCUCAUCCAGCUGUACCACCGUAUCCCUCACAAGCUACACAUCACACCACUCUGGGACCGGGACCCCAGCACCAGCCGUCUGGAACAGGGCCACAUUGUCCAUUACCCGUUGCAGGUCCUCACCUCCAGCCCCAAGGACCAAACAGUAUUCCAACACCUACUGCUUCAGGGUUCUGUCCUCAUCCUGGCUCUGUGGCCCUACCACAUGGGGUGCAAGGACCUCAGCAGGCAUCUCCAGUGCCUGGACAGAUUCCAAUUCACAGAGCACAGGUGCCACCAACAUUUCAGAACAAUUACCAUGGUUCAGGGUGGCAUUAAAAUGGACUCCAAUAACAUUUUUUUAAAUGUUCUGUAAGAUAAAGUGUAUAUUUCAUAUGUACCUAUUAAGGUACUUUUUAAAACUUGUACAUGAAAAUUUGUAUAAAAAAACAAAAACAAAACAACAAAAACCAGUGCUCUUCCAUUGUAUUUUUCCCAUUUUUGCUUUUUAAAAUUCCUUAAGAAAUGUGCUGUUAAGCCAGUAUUAGGUAUCUUUAUUUUGUAAGUGAACAUUCCAGCUGUUUUUCUGGCAGUAGAUCUGAUGCUACAUGAUCUUUAAAUUUUAUUGUUGCAGUUGAAUUCAUUUAGUGAAUGUUUUCUGUAUUAUUUUAUACAUUAAGUACACAGCUAAUAAUAGCACUAUGAGGAUUUCCUUUUCUUUGGGGGGGGGUCAGUUCUGUGAGUGCAUCUUAGGUAUAAAAUGCAAUACAGAUUUUUAUAGUUUGGUGUGGACAUGGCUCAUUUUGUUUUUAUCAGUUAUUUGCAAGCAAAAUGUAAUUUAAUGUAUAGAUGAUUUCUAAUGUCUCCUGGCAAACUGUAAAUACUGCAUUUCUUUUGCGUAUAUAAUUGCUUACGCUUUUUUCAUUUGAUAUAUAGCAUUGUACAUAUGACAAGUCUUUUGCAAAACUGUGUGAUCUUUGUGAAAAGUAGUACAGUAUAUGGCCUUUACUUUCCUUUUUUAUUUUAAAUAUACUGUCACAUUGAAGCACUGGUUGGGCAUUUUAAUUCAUGUUAAUAAAUCACAAUUAUGUCAGUUUUA